CCUUUUUUCCAAUUUUUAAUGUCAACAUUUUCUUUCAAAUUAAAAUUAAUGCAAAAAAAAUCUUUAAAAUAUAAAUUUUAAACAUUCUAGUAAAGCUACUUUAUUUGCUAUUAAUAAUAAUUUAAAGCAAAUUUUUCAUACAAUUCAAAAGGCUAAUUUAAUUUAACAAAACUUUAUUUUAGUUAUAAAUUUAACAUGAAUUUAAAAAAUUCAAAAUUUUUUAAACGCAUACAAAUGCUGCGGCGUAUUUCAAGAGAUAAAUUACGCCAAGAAAAAGAACGUAAACGUGUUGAAUGUCAAUUGGAAAGUGCAUUUUGUGAAUGUUCGGGUACUACAAAUACUGCAGUUUCGAAUGAGGAGAAUGAAGCCAAUAAAUCUAAUCAUUCUAUGGAAAAUUGUUGUAAAGAUAAAGUGGACAAAUUGAAAAUCAAAAAUAAAUUAAAAUUACAACAGCAAAAAUUCUCAACACAACACAAUAAACUGUUGUCGAAGUCAAGUAAUGAAAAUACGCAUGUAAACGGUUUGAUUCAUUUCAAUAAUAUUUGUUAUCAAGUUGAGUGCCAAGCUGGACCAUGUAAUAAAAGUCAAGGUGGUGGUAGUACAGAAUCGAUGCCGUCUGUUAGUGCUACUCGUGGCAGUAUUUGUGUUUGUAAUUCACGCUAUAAUCUUAUUGGUAGAAUUGCCAAAAUACUGGGCUUCAAAGUGGUUAAAGAAAACAAAUUGUGGAAUAUUUUGUGGACCGAUUCGUUGCCGGGUGUUGAAAUCUAUAAGAAUAUGAAAAGAUUUCAACAAAUUAAUCAUUUUCCUGGUAUGAUGGAAAUAUGUCGCAAGGAUUUACUCUCAAGAAAUUUAAAUCGUAUGCUUAAAUUAUAUCCCAAAGACUAUAAGAUAUUUCCCAAAACCUGGAUAUUUCCCGCAGAUUAUGGUGAGGCUUUAAAUUAUGCCAAUAAUCAUAAUAAACAAAAAAUGUAUAUUAUAAAACCGGAUGCGGGGGCUCAAGGUAGGGGCAUAUGGCUGACAAAUGAUUUGAAAAAUGUUUCGUGUACAGAACGUAUGAUUUGUCAAACCUAUAUUAGUAAACCUCUACUCAUAGAUGGCUAUAAGUUUGACUUGAGGGUUUAUGCUUUAAUAACUUCUGUAGAUCCUUUAAGGAUAUUCGUUUACAACGAAGGUUUAGCUCGUUUAGCCACCCACAAAUAUUUAGAACCCUCUAUGGAUAAUAGUGACAACUUGUAUAUGCAUUUAACAAAUUAUUCGGUUAAUAGAAGAAACUCCCAAUACGAACUAUGUGAUGACGAUGAUUGCGGCAGUAAAAGAAAUUUUGGUGCCAUUAAUAAUUGGAUGCGUCGUCAUGACUAUGAUGCGCAGGAAUUUUGGAAUAGAAUUGAUGAUAUUGUAAUAAAGACUGUCUUAAGUGCUUGGCCUAUACUGAAACAUAAUUAUCAUGCCUGUUUUCCGACACACGAUAAGAUACAGGCCUGUUUUGAAAUUUUGGGUUUUGAUAUAUUAGUUGAUUCUAAAUUGAAACCUUAUGUAUUGGAAGUAAAUCAUUCGCCGAGUUUUCAUACCAAUGAAGUGGUUGAUCGUCAAGUUAAAAGGCCCUUAAUAAGAGACACCCUGUCUUUAAUCGGUACUGUUUUGGCGGAUAAAAGACAAAUAUUACGUGAGGAUAGAAAACGUAUCAAGCAGCGUUUGUUAAAGUUUAAACCGGGAAGUUUAACUCAAAGAUCCCAUGCCAGUAACACUAUUCCCUUAAACGAUAAUACUUUAAGUAAGACCUCUCUUGAGCAUUGUCCUGUCAGCGCUAUAGCACAACAAAUCGCUUGGGAAGAAAGUCAUUUG